AUGCUCGGCCCACUGCUUGUCAAGAAGUUAUCCAAGAAGGCUCGUAUGCCAACUCGUGGGAGCAAGCAUGCUGCCGGAUUCGAUCUUUAUAGUGCAAAGACCAUGACAAUCGCACCCCAAUCACAGGGCGUUGUACCGACGGAUAUAAGCAUCGCUGUCCCGGAGGGCACUUAUGGACGUGUGGCCCCUCGUAGUGGUCUCGCAGUCAGGCACUUUAUCGAUGUCGGUGCCGGAGUCGUCGACUAUGACUACAGGGGCCCAAUUGGUAUCGUCUUGUUUAACUUUGGAAAGAAUGAGUUCAAGAUCGAGGAAGGUGACCGUAUUGCUCAGCUAGUCCUCGAGAAGGUCCAUCUGUGCGAAGCCGUCGAAGUCGACGAACUGGAUACGACUGAUCGCGGCUCCGGCGGAUUUGGCAGCACCGGUGUCAAGCUUGCAGCCUAG